AUGAUGCUGUGGACAGUGCUAUUGAUCCUUGGUUUGUUCAGCACACAAAUUGCUAUUGCAAAAAAAGCCAUAAUGCACCUCAGCCCUCCAUGGACCACUAUCUUCAGUGGGGAAAAUGUGACUCUGACUUGCCAUGGAAUCAACUCCUUCACAUCAGGCACAAUAUGGUGGUACAAAAACCAACAAUUGCAAAGAAUUUGGUCUACCGUCAGCAUUCAGACUAAUCAAGCUGGAGAGUACAGAUGUCAGACUCAGGACUCAGCCCUCAGUGACCCUGUGAACCUGGUAGUUUCUUCUGAUCUGCUGAUCUUGCAGACCCCAUAUUCUGUGUUUGAAGGAGACACAUUGGUCCUGAGAUGCCGAGGACGUGAUGGUGGUGGGACAAUCACAAACAUGACAUACUAUAAGGAUGGAAGGAUAUUUUCUUAUUUCCUUAAACACUCUGAUUUCUCCAUCUCACGAGUUGGCUUAAGUUACAGUGGCAAAUAUCACUGCACAGGAGUUUUUACGUAUAUAAUAGUUCCUUGGGAAAAAAGUUCAAGAAAAGUAGACCUUCAAGUCCAAGAAUUGUUCACACCUCCAAAGCUGAAAAUGGUAACUUCUGAGCCUACAGAGGGAACUGCAGUAACGCUGAGCUGUGAGACCCAGCUCUCUCCACAGAGGUCAGAUACCAAACUGCACUUCUCCUUCUUCAGAGAUGGCAGGGUCAUCACAUCAGGCUGGAAGAAGUCUCAUGUGUUCCAGAUUCCAGCCAUCCAGAUAGAAGACUCAGGGUCAUACUGGUGUGAGGCAAAAGCUGUGACUUUGAAUAUUCGGAAACAGAGCAGCUACAUAAAGAUCAGUGUGAAAAGAAUCCCUAUCUCUGGCAUCCUCAUGGAGAUCCAACCUACUGGGGGGCAAGUGACUGAAGGAGAGAAGCUGGUCCUCAUCUGCUCGAUAGCUCAGGGCACAGGGAACAUCACAUUCUCCUGGCACAGAGAGGGCAUUAAUGCAAGUCUGGAAAAGAAGAUUCAACAUUCUCUGGAGGAGAAGUUUGUGCUCCCUACAGUGACUGAGAAUGAUGCAGGGAAGUAUUACUGUACUGCUGACAACAACAUCAGCACCAUCAGCAGUCUGAUGUCAAACGUCAUUGUGAAAAGUAGAAAUCUCUCCUCCCCAUUCAACUCAAGUGUAAAGAUUGAUCACUUAUCUCUUGGACUCAUUGUGACCCAGUUCAUUGUGAUUGUACUCGCUGCUUCUGUACUUCUAUUUUUCUUUGGACCUUGGAGUAAGCCAGGCAUACCUCAAAGAGAAACAUUGCCAGUUCAGUUCCAGACCACUUCAGUAAAAUAAUUAUUACAAUAAAG